CACACUCUUUCCUCCCUCCCACUCUCGUCGCUUUUGUCUUCUAUUUAAUACCCCGAUUCUCCUUCAAGUAUUUACAUUGUAUUACUGCCGCUCCCGUUUCUCGUUACUCAAAAGCUCCCAAACAGGGUAUUCUAUCCUAUUUUCAACCAAGUAAUCAAUUCAGGCCCCCCGUUUUAAUCGACAGCUCGAGACAUCCGCCUAGCGACGCGAAAGGCCUUCUUGUACGCCAUUCGCUUCGUACCACCCGCUUUCGAACAUGAAAAUCUAGCCUCCUCACGAUUUACUUCACGAGCGCGCGAAUCAAAGACUCGACGAGUCCAUCCUCUUUUCAAGACGGCAACAGUCCGAGUCCAUCCUUUGUCCCUCCUCCUUCCUCGUUGGGCGAUUCUCGCUUCUACUGUCCGUUCUGAGACCACUUCCCCCGCUACUCCCUUCACCAUGCCGGACCAGACUGGCACCGCGGCCACCGUGCCGCCUCAGAGCCAGCAAUCCAGGACCAAACCCAAGGAGCUGUACCCUAUGGUAGGGUGGAAAUAUGACCUAUUCCUGUGGGUCAUGGGUGUCUUAGUCGACCUCUUCUUUCGAGAAGUCCAUCCUCGCGGUACCUGGAAAGUGCCUCGCACAGGACCUGUUCUUUUCGUCGCUGCUCCCCACGCCAAUCAGUUCGUCGACGCCUUGGUCCUCCAGCGGACGCUGCGCAACGACGCCGGUCGCAGAGUCAGCCUUUUGAUCGCUCAGAAAUCUGUCCACGGUUUUAUUGGUUGGGGAUCUCGCCAAGUUGGCUCCGUGCCUGUGGGACGGCCGCAGGAUUCUGCCAAGCCCGGCUCUGGCUUCGUCUACCUUCCAGACCCUAUCAACGACCCGACCCUGAUUCGCGGCGUGGGUACCAAAUUCGGCGAAGGCGAAGGCGAAGUCGGCGGUAUGAUCUUCCUUCCGUCGACCAAGAAAGAGACAGGCGCCAGCGUCGACAUAGCCGAGGUUAUUAGUCCCGAAGAGAUUCGGACCAAGCGACCAUUCAAGGGCAAGGUGGCACUGCAACAAUUGACGGGACGCGACGAUAUUGACGAGGACGGGAAAUAUAUCAACAAACAGGUUCACGGUUGCAAGGAAGGGUUCCAGGGGACAAAGUACAAACUGGCGCCCAAGGUUGAUCAAACCAAAGUGUACGAAGCCGUCUUCGACCGAUUACGCAACGGAGGAUGUGUCGGCAUCUUCCCCGAGGGCGGUAGCCACGACCGUACUGAACUACUGUCCCUCAAGGCCGGCGUGGCCAUCAUGGCUCUCGGUGCUCUGGCUGAGGAUCCUGAUAUCGGCCUGAAAAUUGUCCCUGUCGGCAUGAACUACUUCCACGCCCAUAAGUUCCGCUCGAGGGCCGUUGUCGAGUUUGGCGCGCCGCUGGACAUCCCUCCUCGGUUAGUGGAAAUGUACAAAAACAACCAGCGACGAGAGGCCAUCGGUGAACUCCUCGACACGACUCACCAGAUGCUGAGCGCCGUCACCGUUUCCACUCCGAAUUACGACACCCUCAUGCUCAUCCAGGCCGCACGACGCCUCUAUAAUCCAACGGGCAGGAAGCUUCCUCUUCCCGUUGUGGUCGAGCUGAACCGUAGGCUUGCGCUGGCUUAUGAGCGAUACAAGGAUGACGAGCGAAUUGUUCGUCUUACCAAGGCCGUCAAGGAAUACAACAAACAACUACGCUAUCUCAACCUCCGCGACCACCAGGUCCAAUACGCGAGAAUGUCUAUUCCCAAGGUCAUAUUUACUUUGAUAUACCGCGUCGCCAAGCUUCUUACCCUCUUGGUCGGCGUCUUGCCCGGCUUGGUUCUUUUUGCACCUGUCUUCAUAGCUGGCAAGGUGAUCAGUAUCCGGAAGGCCAAGCAAGCGUUGGCUGCCUCGUCGGUGAAAAUCCAAGGGCGAGACGUCAUGGCUACAUGGAAGCUUAUGGUCUCCAUUUUCCUGGCACCCACCCUCUAUCACUUUUACUCGGCUAUCGUGACCUGGAAAGUCUACCAAGAUCGGUUAUGGGGUCAUGUGCCGGAGUGGGUACCCUGGUGGUCGACUUAUCUCGUGAUGUGGCCAUUGAUGGUGGGCAUUACCUUCGCCGCCCUGCGUUUCGGCGAGGUCGGGAUGGAUAUCUUCAAGUCUCUACGACCCCUGGUUCUUUGUCUAAACCCUUCCUCGAUGUACGGCAUUCACCAGCUGCGAGAGACGCGUGCCAGGCUCAGUGCACAAGUCACCGAUCUCAUCAAUACCCUGGGGCCAGAGAUGUACCCCGAUUUUGAGAAGAUGCGCUUGCUUCCCGACGGUGCGCGGACUGAGGACGGCGCUGCUGCCCCGCCACCCACGACAGGCCGCCGGCGGGAGAGCGAUGGCUCCAGCGGGCACGAACCGCCAACACCACCACGCACCAGAAGAAAUACAACGCAAUCCAGUCGUGGCCUGCCACGCAACGAAUCGUUCAGCAACAUUGGCGGUGUCGGCAUCUUCUCGACCCGUCCACCAUCCCGAUCUAGGAGCAGGAGCCGGAGCAGUAGCAGCGGGGGCGCCAUUGGUUCCGGAGGGUUUCCCGUCAGUGGCUUUACCACGCUCGAUUCUGCGGGUGGCUUCGAGAUGGCGAGCAAGAAGAUUAGGGAGGCGAUGAAAUUGCGACGAAGAAGAAGCGGUGACGCUAAGCUGGAGAUCAGUGACGACAGCAGCGAGGAGGAAGAUGCCGAGUACACCGAAGCCAGGAAGAAGUAUACGUGAAGGCAGCCAGAUCUGAGAGACAGGGACACGUGGUAGGCUAGAAAUGGCGUGGGUGGCUUUGCUGCAGCCGUAUUGGCGUAGCCGCAGACCGUUUGCCUCUUACUCUGUACUUUUUAAGUACUUCGAACGUCGUUCACGAAGGAGAUACUCGUAGCUAGAUACCAUAAUGGAGAGACUCUGACGCUGAUGACGCGACGCAGGGUAUCGAUUAGUCGCAUGGUGGGACACAUUCGUUUUAUUCCGAUAUCGCCGAG